AUGCCUCUGGAGCUGACGCCGCGGCAGUGGCGUGCGAUUGCCGCCGUGUACCACCUCUACGCCGCCAGCGGCGGGGACGCCGCGUCGUCGUGUGGCGCGGUGCAGCCGGCGGAGGCGGAGGCGGCGCAGUGGGCGGAGGGGGUCCUGCCGCUCCUGCAACGCGCCUUCCCGGCGGAGGCGCUCGCGGCGGCGGGGCGGCGGCACGGGCAGCACGGCGACAACGGGCGGCACGGACGGCGGACGGAGCGAUGGCGGCAGCUCGUCCCGUCCGCGCUGGACGCGUUUCUAGCGGAGUUGCUUUUGCCGCCUUCGUCCCCGUCAUCGCGAGGCGCGGCGGCCCCGGCCUUGACGGCGAACGAGCGGACGCUCCUGCGGCUUCUCAACAAGGAGCAGCGGCUGGCGGAUCGGUUCUGCCAGCGCCACGCGGCGCUGCUGGGGCGUGUGCGUCGUGGGGGCCAGGCCCUCCUCCGUUGGGCCGCGGAGGACGCGAGUGACGACGAGGAGGCCUCCUUCGGGGCGAGAGCCGACAGGAGUAGUGGUGGCGGUGCGGAGGCGAGUUUCCCGGCCCGCGCGGAGGCCUCCGCGAGGAGGGCGGGCAAACGUGGGCGAGAGCCCGGGGGCGAGGAACUCGCAGGGGCGAUGUCGCCCGCAACCUCCGCCGCCCCUGAGGAGGAAGUGAUGCAGGGCGCUGCGGCCAACACCACAACCGCAGUGAAUAGGCCGACGACGGCAAGAAAGCCGCCGUCACCAUUGCCUGCGCCGGCGGCGAUGAUUUCUUUAACGUGCGCCGGCUGUGGCGAAGAGGGCGGGGAGAUGUUCCAGUGCCGACACUGCCACUCGCUGCGCCACGAGGCGUGCGACGGGCCCAGGCUGGACUCUGAGAUUGGCCUCUGCGUCGCUUGCUCGCACGAGUUGGGGCUCUCCUCCAGUGGCAGUCUGCGCUCCUCCACGUCAACGGAGGAGCGGGAGGCGCUCAGCGAGGACGACACAUCGAGCCUCUCGGGGUUUAUUGUGCGCUCGUCAGAGGCCUCGGAAAGUGCUUCUGCGUCCUCCUCCUCUUCGUCCACAUCCCCUUGA